AUGGCGAAUACUAGACUUGCAAGUGAUGAGUUGGAUAUUGCGGAUGAGCGCCCGAGCGUCAUCCAACGCGAAGAGAGAUCUAGACAGCCAGUUAGGCCUGAUGAGCAGGAAAUGGUUGAUGAGCUCCCUAGCAUCGUCCAACGUGAUGAGAGAAGUACACCAACUCCAGAGGCAAAUAUACUUUCUCAAGAAUCAGAGGAGGACAUGUACAUUGCCAAAUUCAUCCAAGGUGAAGAGGGAAAUACGCCAAUUCCAGGGGCAACUAGAUUUGUGCAACUAUUAGAGGAUGACAUGUACACUCUCAGCCUCUACGAACAGGCAAAGAGAAAUAAUAUACCAAGUGAAGAUCGAAUUUUUCGUCCCCAGGAUAUUCCAGAUGAGCUUCCGCCUUCCAUCCGAUAUGCAUUGUCAUUGAGGGAGACAGGAAGUCUAGAGCCCGACAUCCCCAUUGAAGACCUGUCGAUAAUCAAGACGGAUCAACUUGACGGCGAGUCUCAGUUCCAUGUCUUUGCAAUCAAGUACUUCGAGCUCCUAGAGUCUCAAGGUGCCAUGCACUUCGAACUCCGCGGGUCCACCAGAUUCCCGGGCUUUCUAAAUUUUCCUUACCGCCGCUCAGAGAAAGGGGAAGAGUACGAGCGCAUUCGCUUCCGUCCCUUUGCCCCCAAAGAUAAAAAGGAUGGUGAAUGCGACGCCGACCGCUUCGCUCUAUUGAAACCGCCCUAUAACAAGGCCGUUCGAGUGGUGAACAUCAUUCGCAAGGAAAUUUCGCUUGUGAAGAAGGAACAUCUGGAAUUACUUUAG